CAACUUAACGUCGUGGUCUUUGUCGCCGUCACAUUCGCCGCCGUUCUGCUAGGCGUCGGCCUGGUCCGGCUGUGGGUCGGGGAGCCCGUAUCCGUGCGGCGUCCGCUCCACUUCAACUAUACCGAGGCCCACCCGAGCACCGUUGCCGCGCUUGGCGGCGCCAAGCGGAGGGGGAGGCCGGUGCCCGCCGGCCAUACCGCCCGGGUCUCGCUCGUUCUCAUCAUGCCCAAGUCCGAUUAUAAUCGCCGGAUUGGUGUGUUUCAGGUAACCGCAGAGGCUAUUGCACCUAAUGGAGACACUAUAACAACAUCAAGCCAGCCAUGCAUGCUAAGGUUCAGAAGCCUACCUGUUCGAUUGAUGCGGACGUGUCUAAUGGGAAUCCCUCUUUUAAUGGGGAUAUGCACCGAGAGCCAGAAAGUAACCAUGGAAGUACUGAGAUAUAAGGAAACCGGUCGGAGAACUGAGGCAAUUAGAGUGAGGUUAAAACCGAGGGCUGGGACAACUGAUCUACCACAACUAUAUGCAGCAGAGAUCUUCAUGACCUCUCAGCUCCCAUGGGGAAAAGAAUUGGUUUACAAUUGGAAGUGGUCGUUCUAUGUGUGGACUUCACUUUACAUGUACAUUAUGCUUCUGAUUAGUAUUGCUGGUUAGGAUAUGAUGGAUACCUACAAAAAGGAUGGGGAGCUCUUUGAUGAUGUGCCUAAAAUCAUGAAGAGAUAGCGUGAGCAGAGCAGCAAGAGGAAGGCUCCAUUGCAAGAGAUGCAAUUGCCAGGGCUUAUUGAGGGUUCAGCUUCAAGCAAUGUAGGAAGGACAGGGGAAGUUAUUGAGGAUUGUGGUGACUUUGAAGCCUCCGAAUCUUCGGAAUGUGUUGGUGGUUAAGUUGUUCUACAGUCUUCAGUAGACAUGUUAUGCGUGUAAAAGUGCAUGAUCAAGUUGCACUUGAAUGUUGUUGCUUUUGUAAAUAUUGUUCCUUACCGAAUGCUAAUUUUUCUAUUAAAAAAAGGC